AUGAGAUUUUGCGUUUUCAUUUUGCUAUUGGGUUUAGUUAUUUGCAGCUAGUUGAAUGCAUAAAGCAAUUUAAGAUACGAAUAUUAAUUUGCCCCUUGGAGUUUAGAUUGCACAAAUAGAUGUCAAAGUGCCGGAGGUGUAGUUUGUGGAUUUGAAACAUAAGUCUGUUGCAGAUCAGUAUGAACAACUACAAUAAAUUUUAGGGUAAAUGCUUAAAACAAUGGAAGUCUGAGACAUGUGACACUUGGGAUAAGAUUCAUAUUUUAAAUUGCGUACCAGGGCCAAGUGGCAAAUAAUGA